UGUUUGGAAAAGGGUCGGGCGGGGGGUCAGCUCAGCCAAGAAGAGAGACGGGCAGGGAAAGAGACUUCAGGACACACAGCCGCUUUCUCAGAAGUAGACCAAGAUGUACAGCUUCAUGGGCGGGGGGUUGUUCUGCGCCUCCGUGGGGAACGUCCUCUUGGUGAUUUCGACGGUCACCGACUACUGGAUGCAGUACCGGCUGGCCGGGACCUUCUCCCACCAGGGCCUCUGGAGAUACUGUGUGUCUGGGAAAUGCUACAUGCAGGUGGAGAGCAUCGUCUUAUUUCCUGUAGCCUACUGGAAUGCCACCCGGGCCUUCAUGAUCCUCUCCGCCAUCUCUUGCUUUGCGGGGAUCAUCACGGGCAUCCUCUCCUUUGCCCAGUUCUCCACCUUUCAGCGCUUCAACAGGUCUUUUGCUGCCGGCAAUUUGUUUUUCGCUUCCACACUGUUUGUCCUCCUAGCAAUGGCGAUUUACACAGGAGUCACCGUCAACUUCCUGGGCAAGCGCUUUGGCGAUUGGCGCUUCUCGUGGUCCUACAUCUUGGGCUGGGUCGCCCUUCUGAUGACUUUCUUCGCAGGUAUCUUUUACAUGUAUGCCUACAGGAUGCAUGAAUGCCAACGGCUGGCAGGGACCCGCUAAAGUGGCAGCUGCCACUCUGACUUGGCGAUGUUUCUGCACCCAUCAAA